GGGGCCGGCGCCGUUGCCGCGACGAUGGAACUCCCGGCAUGCCUCGUGGCGGCGGGCUCAUGGCGCCGGGGGCGCGGCUGCUCUUCCUGCUGGCGGUGUGGACGCUGGCUGCUCUGGCCCGGCACGGCACCGGGAAGGCGGGCGAUGGAGGGUGGCAGCGGCCCGGACCGGCGGUCCUGGCGGAGGAGCAGCGCUGCGCCGUGGAACGUCGGGCGGACCUCAGCUACUCCGAGUUCGUGCAGCACUACGCCUUCUCCAGACCCGUCAUUCUGCAGGGGCUCACAGACAACUCGAGGUUCCGGGCUUUGUGCUCCCGAGAAAGGCUACUGGCCUCCUUUGGGGACAGCGUGGUUCGGCUGAGCACUGCCAAUACCUACUCCUACCGGAAAGUGGACCUGCCCUUUCAGGAGUAUGUGGAGCACUUGCUGUAUCCCCAGGACCCUACCUCCCUGGGCAACGACACCUUGUAUUUCUUUGGGGACAACAAUUUCAGCGAAUGGGCAUCGCUCUUUCAGCACUACUCCCCACCACCAUUUAGCCUGCUGGGUACCACUACUGCUUACAGUUUUGGAAUCGCAGGAGCUGGCUCUGGGGUGCCCUUCCACUGGCAUGGGCCCGGGUUCUCAGAGGUGAUCUACGGCCGCAAGGUCAGCACAGGAUGGGGGCUGGGGCUCGGGGCUUACGGACUGCAACAGAGUGACCUUAUUGCUCCCGUCCUCAGCGCUGGUUCCUAUAUCCCCCUGAGAAGACACCCGAGUUCCAUCCCAAUAAAACCACGCUGGCCUGGCUUCAGGACAUGUACCCAACCCUGGCACCAUCUGCAAGGCCCUUGGAGUGCACCGUCCAGGCUGGUGAGCAGGUGCUGUAUUUCCCUGACCGGUGGUGGCAUGCCACGCUCAACCUGGACACCAGUGUUUUCAUCUCUACCUUCCUCAGCUAGCCAGAGUGGGCGGCUGAUAGUCCGGGAUGUCUCGCUUCUGCAGCACAUGGGGUGAGGUCAGGCACCAGGAUGGGGACGCUGGUCCAACUCCUGCUACCCAGAGGACAGACAGCUUACCUUUCUCUUCUCAUCCACCUGGGAGAAAAGCUCAUCCAUGUCUGCUAAAUACUUGUCCUGCGAAGAACCAAGCAGCUACGCAUGGGCCAGAUGCCCCAUCCCCCUCUCCCGGGCACACCCUCCCAUCACAGGCACGCAAACAUGCACACAUCCACACGUGGGCUGGGGCACCCUCACGUGCUUGGCCUCGAUGCAGGCCUGCUGGGCCCGGAUGUGGCCAUCGUCCUCAUCGCCGUCGUGAUUCCGCUGACAUUCUUCUAGUUCCCUGGGGGUUGACCAGGAGCUAGUCAGAAAUGGGUCUGGCCAGAAGAGAUCACACUCCACCCCAACCUUGGGCUCGUUCAGGUCUCGCCUUCCCUCCAUCUCCUGCUUGCCCGUAUUGGCCUUCAAUAAACACUUGUG